AUGUCAGGCAAUGCUCUUAAACGUUUAAUGGCCGAGUAUAGACAACUAACAGAUAAUCCUCCUGAAGGCAUUGUCGCAGGCCCAGUUGAUGAAUCUAAUUUCUUCGAAUGGGAAGCUCUAAUUGCAGGUCCUGAUGGAACACCAUUCGAGGGUGGCGUUUUCGCUUCGCGUCUAACGUUUCCACUCGAUUAUCCGCUGUCUCCACCGAAAAUGCGUUUCACCAGUAACAUCUUUCAUCCUAACAUUUACCCGGAUGGACGUGUUUGCAUUUCUAUUCUUCACACCCCGGGAAACGACCCGUUGGGAUACGAGACCCCGGCUGAGAGGUGGAGCCCCGUUCAGUCGGUGGAGAAGAUACUACUGUCAGUAGUUAGUAUGCUUGCAGAACCCAACGACGAGAGCGCGGCAAACGUCGACGCCGCGAAGACGUGGAGGGAAAACCGGAAGCUGUUCAACGAGAUGGCCAAUCGCAGUGUCCGCCUUAGCCUCGGUUUCCCCGCAGACGGGAACGUUAAUUGA